AUGAAGCCACCACUUCAGCUGGUGAUAGCCUCAGGACCCUUCACACUACCAAGUAACUUAUCAUAUGAACCAUUAAACGAUAUUUUAAAAUACGUCGUGGAAAAUCAGCCGAACAUUCUCAUUCUAAUGGGUCCUUUUAUAGAAGAAAACCACGAAGGCAUUAACAACGGACAAUUGACCGAAACUUUCGAUGCUUUAUUCGAAAAAAUCAUCGAAAAUAUUAUGACAACAUUGCAAGAAAUUGAUGUGGAAAUCAUAAUAAUGUGUUCUGCCAAAGAUGCGCAUCAUCACCCUGUAUAUCCGACGCCUGCCUAUAAAAUUAACAAGGAUUAUCACAAAUUGACUUUGGUUUCUGAUCCUUGCAUGGUUAAUAUCAAUGGGCUUAUUAUAGGAGGCACAACUCCUGAUAUUUUGUUUGAUAUCAGCAAUUCUGAACUUUACCAGGAUAAAACUCUAUCAACCCCUGUUGAUAGACUGGCGCGUCUGGCUUCACAUCUUUUAAACCAGCAAAGUUUUUAUCCAUUAUACCCUCCAAAUUCAGAAAUGAAUGUGGAUCAUGAAUUGUUAGAGCAACAUGGGAUAUUUGAAUGUAUACCUCACAUUCUAAUAUUACCAUCUACAUUAAGGCAUUUUAUUAAAAAUAUAAAUGGGUGUCUUGUUAUAAACCCAGAAAGGACUACCAAAGGUUAUGGAGCAGGAACUUUUUCACGUUUGGAAAUAAACCCUGGCUCAAGCACUUCAAUAUGUAACAGAAGUUCCUGUCAAGUACUUCGUGUUUAAUUUAUUAUUUUUUUAAAUAAUUUUUUUUUAUAAAUUUGAAUUUUUUUCAUUUUGUAGGUCCUGAAAUGAUAUAAAAUAAAAAAACAAUUUUC